AUGAAGUACCAGCUUUGGAAGAUCGGUGCUGGAUUCGUGAUGAACUCGGUCGCAUUAGUUGCGUUCCUUGUCUCGCCCCAUGGUGAUGAGCAACCCAAGUCUCAUGAAAGUGGGACGUGGAUCAAAGGUGUCAAGAUCAACACCUUGCAAUCAAUCAUCCUCUGGUUGGGCAUGUUCAACUGGAUCUUCUUGUGGGCCAGCCUUUUCUACUCUUGCUGCAUGACCAAGCUCGAGACAGGCCAAAUCCGUCUCGAGGGCGAGGAAGCCAAUAUCACGCUCGGUCACAAUGAGACGGCAAAUGAUGAAGCGCAUGCCAGGUGUCUGCAGAGUCAGGAUCCCAACUGGCAGGCUUAG